GUUACAUUCUAGGUGCCCAAGCGGUGAAUAUGUCGGAUGGUGCCAGCGAGUCAGAAGCAGAUCCUGAAGACCAAGAUGAGGAUCAGGAUCAUUUGGAAUCUGCUGGGGCUGUUCCACGUUCGGAUGCUGAGCAUUUGCGAGACCUCAACAGCCUAGGCAUUACGGCAGAGGACGAGUGGGCUUCCGAAGCAUUCGAUGGAAGUGAGAGGAGCGAGGAACCAGAAGAUCAGAGAGGCAGUUCACAGGUAUUGCCCGGAGGUCCUUUUUGGUUUCGACAAAGGUUGGCAGGUCUUGAGACAUUGCAGGAUUCAGAAUGUUCCAUGCACGGCCUCAUCCGUGCGUGUAACUGCCACGUCCAAAUCGCCGAUGACCUUUCCUUUGUGGAUGUCUUUGCAACAACUUCUCGAAUAGCCGAGAAAGCACGGCGCAUCUUUGGCUUAUCUCCAAGUGAGUUCAAUGAAACGACAGCUUGGCCGGAUGGCGAUGCCAUGCCUGAAGAUUGCGUGGAGCAAGAGAACCCAGAAAGUAUCCAAGUGCGGUGGACCACUCAUCCAUCACGUCAGACCUUUGUCCACAGAACAGUCAGGCCUUCAUUUAUUAGCACUCCUCUGAUCCAGUCUUUCUACCCAAGUCUUCACUCUUGGUCUUUCCAGCAUGAGCUUGACCCUGUUCAGUCUGCAGCCAUUGCAUGUGUUGAGCACCGCGAAUCUGUGCUGCUUUGCGCACCUACAUCUGCGGGCAAGACUGUAGUUGCGACCUAUGCAGUGGCCAUGGCUUUGCAUGAAACAAAACGGGCUAUUUACACUACUCCCAUCAAAGCGCUGUCGAAUCAAAAGUUUUUGGAGCUCGGGAAGUCUUUUGGCGCGCAGUACAUUGGCGUCAUGACUGGUGACACAGUUAUUGCCAGCGAUGCUCCUAUCGUAGUGAUGACGCUGGAGAUUCUUCAAAGCAUGCUCUACAAGCAGGCACGGGAUCCAAAUCUUUUGGAUGACUUUGCUUUCGUUGUCGUUGACGAAGCUCAUUUCCUCGGCGAUGUAGAGAGAGGAUACGCAUGGGAGGAAGUCCUCGUUCUUUUGCCUCUUCAUGUCAAACUUGUGCUGUUGUCGGCGACCGUGCCAAAUGCCGGUACAGUUGCAGAAUGGUGUUCGCGAGUUCGAACUGAGCCAGUGCAUGUGCUCACGAGCGAACAGCGGCCUGUUCCACUGUCGCAUGACCUCUUCCGAUGCGGGCCUCCGGAUUUCUUUGGAAGGAGGCGUUCAUUCUUCAGUGUCCUGAGCCCGCACAAGCGUUUCAACGCGUUCAACUUACGUGAAGCAGUUCGACAGAGGGGCAUCAUUCUUGAAAGUCAAGCUACUUGGCGCUGCCCACAAGACUUGAUUCCUCACUUUGUUGGACGUCGAGGCCAGAAUCUCAAACAACUCAUGGCAGGCUUAGCAGCAGCUGUUCACAUCUUGGAUGGAGGGGGCAUUGAGGUAAGAGCUUCAGACAGCAGGGCUGAGGAAGAAGCAAAAUCGCGAAUCACGGCGUGGCUUGUGGAACGGGGGUUGCCUGAGGCCAUGGCAAGGCCACCGAACACUUCUGGCGAUCCAUUGUCCCUGCGAGUUGAGGAUUUAGAGCGCUUGCUGUCAUUGCUGUGGUACCGAGACCAGCUUCCAACCAUUGGCUUUUGCUUCGACAAACGCAUGUGCGAGCGAGUAGCCCUGUUGUUGGCUGGGGCAAAGCGAAUGGAUUUUUCAAGCAACUUCAAGAAGAACAAGAUCCGCGAGCGCCUGCGAGCCGGCCUUGCCCGUCUUGAUGAAAGAGACAAGCAGCUUGCACAGGUAAGGCAUUCAUGCGACUUGUUGGUGCGUGGCAUUGGUGUCCACCAUGGCGGCAUGCUCCCGCUUCUGCGCGAAAUGGUGGAACUACUGUUUGCAGAUGGGCUUCUUCCUGUGAUUUUUGCCACUGAGACCUUUGCCAUUGGCUUGAACAUGCCUGCCAAGUCCGUGAUCUUCACCGAUGUUGUGAAGUUCGAUGGGCGCAGCCGCCGAGUACUGAACAGUGGGGAGUUUAGACAAAUGUCUGGCCGAGCCGGGCGUCGUGGAUUGGACCAGAGAGGUCAUGUGUAUGUCAUGCUCCACAACACCAUGAUCUUGAAGCAAACUGCUACAACAGUGCUUGAACGCUUGUACAUUGAAGAGCCUUCGGGGGUAGAGAGUCGCUAUCGUGUCUGCUGGUCAUCUUUGCUUCACUUGAUUUCUGCUGGCCCAGCACAUCUCUUCACUAUGCUUUACAGAAGCUUCCAAAGAUUCACGAACCCAAAUGCAGCCAUCGCCCUACAGCAAGAGGCAACUUGGAUGGUGAAGGUGCUGCAAGAACUUGACUUUGUGGACAAGUCAUGCGCAAUUUUGCCAAAAGGAACUUUGGCCUGCCACUUGUUCGUUCCAGAAGAUGCUUUGCUUGUAACAAAUGUUCUUAUUGCUCUACGUGGCUUUGAGAAUCUCUCUGCUGCACAGGCCUUUGCGAUCUGUGCUGCUUUUGUGGCUGAGGGGUCAGAUAACAAGCGCUUGAAGAUAUCGGAUUUGGAAGUUCGCAAAGGCCUUGAAACGUGCCGCAAUGUGGCACGGAGCUUGGCAGCAAAGCUUCAUUCACACAACCUUCCAUGCUGCAGCAAGUGCGGACUCUUGAGGUCGAGCUCUCGGUGUGACGGCUCGGAGAUGAUUAAGGUCCGGGUGAACCCUCAGCUCUGCGAAACGGCCUUGCAGUGGGCCUCAGGGCAAGACUUUACCUCGGCAGUGCUCAGCAGUGGUGUCGCAGUGGGCGGUGAAGGCAUUGUAACUCGAGCGCUGCGACGGCUGGAUGAGCUGAUGCGGGAGAUCACCUUUGUCUUAAGACACGACUUGGGCUCACCCCAGGCAGCACAGCGCAUUCAAGAUGCUCGGCUUUUGGCCAGACGAGGUGUACUGGCUGCGCCUUCUGCUUACCUGGGUGAGGCAGAAGAUCGAGUUGCUGAAGAGAUCGAAGCAGAGCCACCAUGGCCCAACCAAACUUGGCCGCCAGGAUAUGAGGGCCACUUGGAUCCAUUGGACAUAGGCUUCAGCCAGGCAAAUUGCAGUGCCAAUUUUCAGUGCACCCCGGUGCGUGGAGGCCCCGGUGACAUUUUGGGCUUGGCAAAGGGGCUGAGUGAUGGAAGCAUCUUUCCAUCACAAGUCAGACCACUAAGCAUCUAUUGGUUUCGGCAUCGCUACUAUUCCCUGGACAAUCGGCGACUAGCAGCUUUCAGGCUUUGGCGUCUUUUCGCCGAAGAUGCAAAGGUGCCGGUGAAAGUCCUCAAUCGCAGCCAAGCUUUGUCUGAGCAUUGGCUCCGAAAGUUUUCGACUGGGUUCACCAGAGGCCGAAAGAUUCGAAUCAGAGGAAGCGAUCUUUUUGUCGGGGCCACUCGUGAACAAUGCACCUUUGGCAAUAACCUGUGGGCUUGAGAUGUCGCGAUGGCUUGAAGCAUUUGGAUGGAUCCGAUGGAUCCCAAUGGAUUUCAGGCUGAUCAAAACAAUGUGUGGAGUGAUAU